AUGACGGCGCCGCUUGGAGACUUCAAAGUAGAUUGGGAUUUCCAGUCGUUCACAAAACGCGGUAGUGGCCGUAGCGCCACAGCACCCCGCCAUAUCAGUCGACUCUUCAACUGGACAAGGGGACCUGGUAGGGCAGAUGGGGAGCCGAAAAGGCCUGGCACCAAAUUCCGCCACAUGUUCUAUACCAAAUUGGACGUCGAAGACCACGCCGAGUGGCAGUUCGAACGUCCACUCGGUGUCGGCGGGUACGGAGCCGCAGCCUUAUUCCGGAAAAGGGAUGCAUCUCAGAAUGUUGUUGAUGAAUUCGCCUUGAAAGUCACCGACGUUAAGGACUCUUACAGGGUUCAUAAAGAUAAGCCGGGCCUGACGAAAGAAGCGGCGAUUAUGGCUCAACUCAAUGACUUCGGCUGUCCCAGCAUCUUGCGCCUACGUCAAUUCCAGGAACACUCUUAUGAGUGGUUUUGUCGGUAUUAUUUUGAGUACGCUGACCUGGGUAACUUGAAUGAGCUGCGGACCAGGUAUAUGGCGUGGAGGAUGCGCUUUCCGGAGCCGUUUUUGUGGCAUGUUUUCCUUCAUCUGGCCAAAGCCUGUCAGAAGUUCGAGGCCAGCGAAUUCAGAAGCUUGAAACAAGACACAUUUGGAAAGAAGCUCGAGACGGCCUAUCUCCUCCACAAUGAUAUUAAGCUUGACAAUAUUUUCUUAUGCACGGCCCCGGAUGAUGGCAACAUCGCAAAUAUGUAUCCUAUUCCAAAGGUCGCCGACUUCGGCCUUGCCACUAUUAUUGAGAGCGCAAGAGCUGAGUCAGCUCGAGUUUGCAAUAAGAAGCUCAGGAUAGGAGUUAAACACUGGGAGCCGCCUGAAUUCCGAUUUGAACAGAAUCAAAAACACCCAGACCGAUAUUUCUUUAAUCAAGACACGGGCCAGGUCGAUGACUCGUAUGGCGAUGACCCUCGAAAUCAGCAUCGGAUCUCAUCCCAGGCAAAUAUCUGGGCAAUUGGCAUGGUUAUGUGGCUUCUGGUCUCUCAUAGUGAUCCCCGGGUUCUCAGCGACAAAGUCGACGAUAUCCUAACGGGACGCCGAAAAUUAAAUCAUUAUUGGGAGACAGAAGCCCUUAUCCUUGAUGAGGAAGAUUUUGGUCUCGAUGAUGAGGACGAGGACGACAAUGAAGAUAAAGUUAAAUACAGCGCGAGACUACUCUACCGUAUUCAACAGUGCACUAGCUUGAAGCCACAUUUUCGGCCAAGCGCGGGCAGGUUAGUCGAGCAAAUCGAGGAACGUUUGAUACAUUGGGAACGGAAAGUCAGCGCUGCCAGGGCUAGGGGAGGAGCCGACAACACAAAAGUUUACUUCAAGAUGCACGAGUUCAAGGGUCUCUCACUAGGAGAUGUGAACAUGUAUAGGCUGGGCAACUCCUUCUGGUCGCACUUUACGCAGGCCCUGAUCUGGGAACCGCCGGAAGUGGAGUUCGUAGUCCCUCCCGAAGCCCCAGCGGAGGCGAUCCUGCAUGAAGAUCUGGGUGCUCCUGAGCCUAUAGUCAGGGAUAUCAGACGAAGGUGGAGAGCUGCGGUUAGGAGACGAGACAAUCCGAGGGGUGCACUACCACGGCCUCCGCCUCCGCCUCCUCCUCCUGAGGGUGGUCAGGGUCCGGAGGAUGAGGUAGAGAGACCGGAAAACCCAGCGGGCGUGGUGAAUCUACAGCCACCUCCUCCAGCAGAACCUCCUGAGCUCUUCUACACUGCUCAAGAGCCACCGGAGGGUCGGCGCGGAAGGAAACGGCGGGCCACCGAAAUGGAGCAAGAUGUACAAGAGGAAGACGAUGAAGAGAGCAAUUACAGCGAAACAAACACGGAAACUAGAGACGAGGACAUUGAUGACAGUCAGCGUUGGUGGAGGAGGUGGAGAUGGUGGAACGAACAACCUGACGUUCACGGAUGA